ACGCUUCCCCGCUUCGGUUCCGACUUCCGCCUCUCGCGCGCUUGCGCGCGCCGAUGAGGGGUUUGUCGCCAUGCUGGCGGCUCGCGGCGCCGCGGCGCGCAGGCACAGCUUCAGCAGCCAGGUGCAACGCCUGCACUCCCAGACCUCCCAGCAGUCGCAGCUCACCGACCCCACCACAGGCGCCAACCGCCUCUCCACCUGGGUUUCUGAACUGGGCGUGCUGGAGUUUCCAGAGGAGAUAUCCCUGCCAGACAAAGCGCUGCAAGUGGCGGUUGAGACCUUGAAGCGACACAAGACCAUCACCUACGAAGACAUCGUGGAGAGCGAGGGUGUGAAGCAAAGCGUCUACUUGGAUUACCUCAAGUCGGAGAUCGACACGGAGAACGCCUUCCUGGAGCUUCCGCUGACCAUUCUGGUGCUGGUGUCCUUCGCCAUUCUGGCCAUGAACGUCAUGCACCAGGAGCAGCUGUUCGCCCUCGAGGAGGCCAUCGAGCGGGACCUGAUCGAGAACGCCAACUUCGCCUGGAGCGGGAACUUUGGGCACAAGGGCCUUGAGCAGGUCAGCUCCAUUGAGGAUUUCUGGUCCUUCAUGCGGCUGGGGCUGCUAGGCUUGGUGGUGAAGCCCGUUUGGCUCUACUCUGAGUCUCCGCUGAACACCACCACUGCUUGGGCUUCCAGCUGGCUCUUCCCUGGCUAUGACAAGCCGGCGCCUGUGAAAAACGAAUAUCUUCACUAUGCCAAGCUGGUGAGCGGGGUGCGGAUGCGCCAGCAAAUCGCGGCGGAGGGGAGCUGCAUCGUGCCGAACGUCCUGGACCCCGGGUCUGUGCAGAGGUGGCUCGCAAAGCCUUGCUUCCCCUCGGAUUUGGGACUCUUGACCCCUGAGGUGAACGAGGCUGAGAACUUUGAGAACCUUCAGAGGGAAGAGUUCUUAUUCCCAGAUCUCAUGGACAAGCAGGACCUGAUGAGGAAGAUUCUGGAGAUGGAGGACGGGUGCAACUACGCUCAGUCCAUUGGCAGUCUGGACACCUGCCGCUGUUCAUGGUGCAAGGACCAACCGAAGCCGCGCCCCUGGGUGGAUGAGGAGACAGCCCGGGUGGAGAUUUCCAUGGUGCUCUUCAAUCCCCAGUACGGAUCGUACACUUAUGUCUCCAUCAACUUCGUCUUCAACCGCGGCGGCCACGUCUAUGCCUUCAUCCAUUGCCUCUCGGCCUUUGUGGACUUUUUCAUGCGCCCGGUCUCCGAGUUGGCGAUCACCUUCGUCGCGGCCUUGAUUUGGUUCGGGGCCUUGGCCUACGCCACGCUGGGCGAGACUCAGGAGAUCAUCUCCACGGUGCGGAACUCCAACCGAGGCUUUUGGAGGGCCAUCCGCGACGAUUAUGUGGACUUCUACAACGUGGUGGAUUGGUUGUCCAUCAUCAUAGGCACCACAGCCAUCGCUUACUACAUCCGCUCCCGCCUGGCUGUGGCGGAGGUGAACAACACGCUGCCUCUCAUGAUCGGCGCCAGCCUGGAGCCUGGCGCUGACUACCAAGCCACGGCCAAGACCUUCUUCCUGGCCGCGGAGAGCAUGAGCAAGGCCAAGAAGGACACGGAGACGCUGAUGAUGUUCUACCCGCUGAUCAUCAUGAUGCGCCUCUUCCGCUCCUUCGAGGCCCAGCCGCGGCUCGCCAUCGUGUCCAGCACCCUCCGCACCGCCGCCGCGGACCUGGCCCACUUCUUCAUGAUCUUCGCGUGUGUCUACCUUUGCUUCGUGGUUAGCAGCCUCCUCUUCUUCGGCCAAGACUUGGAGAGUUUCAGUACCUUGGACCGGGCGCUGCACAGCUGCUUCCUCGCCAUGUUCGGGGACUGGGACUGGCACGCCCUCUCCGACGUGGGCAUGGUGAGAGCAGCGGUCUGGUUUUGGCUCUUUAUGAUCGUCAUGGUGCUGUUCUUGCUGAACAUGCUGCUGGCAAUCAUCAUGGAUGCCUAUCAGAUGGAGAAGUACAAGGCCUCUGACGCCACCACUCUUUGGCAGCAGAUCCGGGACUUGAUCCAGCGGCGACGGCAGUACACCCGCGGGGAGCGGGUGCGGCUCAGCGACGUGUGGAACACCUUCCGGAAGCAGUUCGCGGGGAAGGAGAAGGCCAUGCUCUCUAGCGAGAACAUGAUCUCCGUGGAGUUUCUGGUCAAGAACGUCACCCGCAUGCCGUACAAGCAAGCCUACCGGACUCUGGUGAGCGCUCUGGAACGGGACGCCUUGUUGACGAAGGGCUUCCUCACCGAGGAACAGGUAAAUAAGCACGUGGAGAUGACGCUGGAGCAGAUGGACAAGAAAAUCCAGGACAUCAAGGCGGACCUGGACUUCGUAGCGGACAAGUUGGACUUCUUCGAUCGGCUGCAGGCCGCGGGGGACGCGGAGUACGACUUCUACUUUGGCGCCGAGGGCCACACCCCGGACGAGGCCUCCAGGUUGUGGAUCCACAACUCCAUCAGCAAGAUCUCCUUGGAGCUGCAGGCCAACUUCGCCAAAGGUCUCCAAAGGAUCGGGACCUGGCAGGACGAGUUCGAGUGCGAGCAGACCGAGCUGAACGACAGCCUGAUCGAGUUCCGACUGCUGCUCCAUCAGCUAUUCGAAGCUGUGCAGGAGCUGUCUUCCCUUGUCGAGAGUAUGGACAGCAACAACGAGGAGCCCCAAUGAGCUGGCGCUGGGGCUGGGCUGAGGGUUGUCGAAAGAAGUCAC